GUGCUUAUAAAGCUGAUUCUUUUACUGGAUAAUGAAAAAAGUUACUCUCAAUUUACAAGUAGCAGAGGAGCACACACUGCGGAGCUAAAAGAAAGAGACCUUUUUCUUUUAUUUUUUUAAUUUUUUUUUUUUUCAUAAUUUCAAUCAGUGAGAGUAUAGAUAGAUUGUAGCAAGGAGCAUUUGAUGGGCGGGUAAAUGGGUUCUCUUGAAAGUGGGCCUCCAUUGAAGAGAGAUCAGCAUCACCAGUUUUUGGUCCGUUCUUCAUCGGCUUCAGGAGCAAGCAGGCUUCAUAGGCUCAGAUCGAGAUGCACGAGGGUGCUGUUGUUCAAGAAGAUUGACUAUCUGCAAUGGAUUUGCACAGUGGGGGUGUUCUUCUUCUUUGUUGUGGUGUUCCAGAUGUUGCUGCCCGGUUCAUUGGUGGAAAAAUCAGAGAAUUUCUCGAGGGGUAGUGAAGUGGGGUCUGGGGAUUUAGAGUUGUUGAAAGAGCUGGGUGGAUUGGAUUUUGGGGAAGAUGUCAAGUUUGAGCCUUCCAAGCUGUUACAUAAGUUCAAGCACGAGAAUGGGGCUGACAAUGGCACUGCUGGCUCUAGGAUACCAAGUAGUUUUGCUUAUCGAAAACCCAAACUCGGAUUGGUUUUUGCUAAUAUGUUGGCUGAUCCAUAUCAAGUAAUGAUGCUUAACGUUGCAUUAGCCUUGAAGGAAAUUGGUUAUGAAAUUGAGGUGCUUACACUUGAAGAUGGUUCUUUACAUGAUGUAUGGAGAGAUGCAGGACUUCCUGUUAGCACUAUAGAGACUGACGAAAGAAUGAAGAUCUCCAUUGAUUGGCUUAACUAUGAUGCCUUACUUUUGAACUCACUUGAAGUUGUUGGACUAUUUUCUUGUCUUAUGCAGGAACCUUUUAAGAGUGUACCUGUUAUAUGGACUAUUCAGGAACAUGCACUUGCUGCUCAAUUGAGGCAAUAUAAGUCAGGUGGCCAGAAUAUGCUCGUUGAAAAUUGGAGAAAAGUCUUCAGCCGUGCUAAUGUUGUUGUGUUCCCAAAUUAUGUUCUGCCGAUGGCAUACUCAACGUGUGAUACUGGAAACUACUUUGUGAUUCCGGGGUCUACUACUGAAGUGUGGGAAGCUGAUAAUUUUCUGGCUUCACACAAAGAUAGUUAUCGUGCUAAGAUGGGCUAUGGAUCAGAAGACUUCAUUAUUGCAAUUGUCGGAAGUCAACUUCUUUACAAAGGUCUUUGGCUGGAGCAAGCCCUUGUUUUGCAGGCUUUGCUACCUAUUAUUCCACACUUGGAAAAUGAUGGGAAUUCUAAUUCUCAUUUCAGAAUUAUUGUCGUAGCUGGAGGAUCAAAUAGUAACUACAGUAUGGCUGUGGAGGCAAUCGCACAGAACUUGAAAUAUCCGAAUGGAAUGGUGAAGCAUUUUGCUCCAGAUGAAGACACAGAAAGUAUCUUGAGUAUUGCUGAUAUUGUGAUAUAUGCAUCGUUCCGUGAGGAGGAAUCUUUUCCAAGCACUUUGUUAAAAGCGAUGCGCUUUGGGAAACCUAUAAUAGCUCCUGAUCUAUCAAUUAUCAAGAAAAAUAUUGAUGACAGGGUGAAUGGUUAUCUUUAUCCGAAACAGAAUGUUGAGGUUUUAACACAGAUAAUGGCCCAAGCUAUUGCAAAUGGUAAAUUGUCAUUGCUCGCUCGAAAUGCUGCAUCUAUUGGGAAGCAAACAGCUAGGAAUGUUAUGGUUUCAGAAAGUGUUGAAGGGUAUGCUUUGCUAUUGGAAAACAUUCUUAGGUUUUCAUCUGAAGCUGCAAAUCCCCAGUCUGUGACUAAGAUUCCACUCAAAUUGAAAUCAGAAUGGCAGUGGCAUCUUUUUGAAGCAAUUGACACAGAACACACUCAGAAUAGAACUUGGAGGACCUAUAUGUCAUUGAAUAAGCUUGAAAAGCAAUGGAAUCAUACUGAAAAAGAGAGUUCUGUGGCAAUGAGUGACACCUUUGUCUAUAGCAUUUGGGAGGAAGAGAAAUAUAUUCAGAUGGCAAAUAGGAUGAAGCGAAGAGAAGAUGAUGAGUUGAAGGGCAGAACUGAUCAAUCUAGGGGAACAUGGGAAGAAGUAUACAAAAGUGCCAAAAGGGCUGACCGGUCAAAGAAUGAUUUGCAUGAAAGGGAUGAAGGGGAGCUUGAAAGGACAGGUCAACCAUUGUGCAUAUAUGAACCUUACUAUGGGGAAGGAACCUGGCCAUUUUUGCAGCAUGCAUCACUCUAUCGUGGACUUGGACUUUCUACUAAAGGACGAAGACCUGGCUAUGAUGACAUUGAUGCACCAUCUCGUCUUCCGCUGCUAAAUAACCCUUAUUACCGAGAUGUCCUUUAUGAAUUUGGAGGCUUUUUUGCAAUUGCAAAUCGGAUAGAUCGCAUUCACAAAAAUGCUUGGAUAGGCUUCCAAUCCUGGAGAGUGACAGCAAGAAAGGGAUCUUUGUCUAAGAUGGCAGAAACAGCAUUGUUGGAUGCUAUUGAAGCGCGAAGAUAUGGCGACACUUUAUUCUUUUGGGUUCCUAUGGACAUGGAUCCAAGAAACCCACAGAAACAGGAUUUCUGGUCAUUCUGUGAUGCUAUUAAUGCAGGAAAUUGCAAGUUUGCCUUCUCUGAGGCUAUGAAGAAGAUGUAUGGAAUUAAACAAAAUAUAAGCACUCUUCCUUCAAUGCCUGCCGAUGGAGGCACAUGGUCUGUCAUGCACAGUUGGGUUUUACCAACCAGAUCUUUCCUGGAGUUUGUAAUGUUCUCAAGAAUGUUUGUGGAUGCACUCGACUCGGAAUACUAUGAUGUGCAUCAUCAGAGUGGAUAUUGCCAUCUGAGUUUAGGCAAGGACAAGCAUUGCUAUUCUAGGAUGCUAGAGUUGCUUAUAAAUGUAUGGGCAUACCAUAGUGCCAGAAGAAUGGUAUAUGUGGAUCCGAAGAAUGGGUUGAUGGAAGAACAACACAAACAGAAGAGUCGGAAAGGUCAUAUGUGGGUGAAAUGGUUCCAUUACAACACUCUUAAGAGCCUGGAUGAAGAGCUGGCAGAGGUGUUUGAUUCCGACCGCCCAAAAAAGCGGUGGGUAUGGCCAUCGACGGGGGAAGUUUUCUGGCAAGGAAUCUUGGAGAAGGAGAGGAAUCAAAGGAAUAAAGAGAAAGAGAAAAGGAGGCAACAGAGCAGGGAUAAGAUCUCAAGGAUUAGAAAACGGAGUCGUCAAAAAGUGAUAGGGAAAUACGUGAAGCCUCCACCAGAGCCAGAGGGGGACACACAAAAUUUAAACGCAACACAAGCUGCAGUACAGCAUUUGCUAUAGCAUCAUCAUCCUCAUCCUGCUUAUAUAUAAGUAGUCAUUGUCUAAAGUUAGUCUGAUUUCAUAAAAUUAGUUUUUUUUUUUUUGCAUUUUAGCCACUACCAUUUUUUCAUUUUUGAGCAGAAAGUUGGCCAAGUUAAUCCGAGUGAGAAGUUUCUUGAGCCAUCACCAAUGCUAAAAAAAAAAGAAACUACACACUCAUUUCAGAUAUUAUUUAUUCAUAUUCCCACUUUGGAUUUACUGCUAAUGGGUGUGUCAUGUGUGUGAGACCUUUAUAGAUUCCGAUGCUUCUGGUCUGUACUCUAGUGUAGCCUGUAUGUUAAACUGUUAAUGUUAACCCUCCCUUGAUUA